CGGAGCUAUUUCAGGUUUUCCUGGCGCGGGCAGGAGUUGGACUUCUCGCGAAGAGAAGGAGGGUGAUUCGACUGAGCGGCGGGGAUCCGGUCCUACUGCCUUGGCUGUUUGAUUGCCGAAUCAGCUCGCAGAGAACGGUGAGCUGGGGCAGUAGGGGUCGCUCCUGCCCGCUUGGAGGGAAAGAAGUUUUUUGAAGGCCGCUAGUGGGGGACUUGACCGCUGAUCGUCACUUUCGUUCUAUCCGCUCUCUACAAUACCUUCUGCGGGAGGUCUGGAAGCGGUUUCAUAUUGUUCCCGACUAGCCAACCGUAUUUUAAAGAAGCAUUUGGGCCAGGAUGGUGGUUUUCUCAAAAGAAUAUGGCUAUGUGAUUUUAACUGGUGCUGCCAGCUUUGUCUUGAUAACACACCUUGCAGUAAAUGUGGGGAAAGCACGCAAGAAAUAUCAUGUUGAGUAUCCAACCAUGUACAGUACAGACCCUGAAAAUGGGCAUAUCUUUAACUGUAUCCAGAGGGCACACCAGAACACCUUGGAAACAUAUCCCUCCUUCCUGUUCUUUCUUGGAAUCAGUGGGAUCUAUUACCCGCGUGUUGCUACAGGACUUGGUAUAGCAUGGAUAAUUGGAAGAAUACUGUAUGCUUAUGGCUAUUAUACAGGAGAUCCUAAUAAGAGAAAUCGUGGAGUCCUUGGUUCCAUUGCUCAUCUUUGUUUGGCAGGGAUCACUGUUUACUCAGCUUUCCAGCAUCUUGGCUGGAUCUGCAGAACCUAGACAGCAUCCAUUCUGGUGACAUCCUGAGAUGUCUUUAAAUGUAUCUCACAUGUAAUUUUUAUCAUUACUUUUAAAAAAAUAAAAACAAGUGAAUCACCUCUG